UUAGCCAUCUUGGCUCGGCGGGCAUGGCGUUCGUUUCAUCGGUUCGGCUCGCUUCACCUCUUGGCAGACCGCUCUGAUAAAUAAGAACACUUAAGUAAAGGAGCGCUAAGCGAGUCAUUAAAAGGAUCCCGCCUCACCCCAGUCUCUCUCUCUCACUGGCACUCCGAAUGAACGGCAUUAAGGAAAGUACUUUCCUAAAAAAUAUUUUAAAUUGUGAAGGUGAAUGAUUUUUAACGAAGGCCGUAGCCAUGCGGGUUUGCAGACGGAGUGGACUGCGAUAAAAAUAAAAGUUCAUCUGCUCAUCUUCGACAGCCUAAAGACACGAAGAGAUUUAUGCACACUUAUACGCGCGCCGUAUUUACUUUUUGUUUUCCUUCACAUACUGGACACGAUCCACGCGUUAACAUUAUGUUACGGUAACGGUGGCCUCUGUGACAGCGACUGCACGACGGGUUCCUCAAGCCGCGCUCCCUGACUGACGUGAUUACGGACCAUUCAAUGCCAGGACCUGUGUUGGGAGGCAAGCCGGGUCAAGGCAGGUAAUGUCAACAUAAUAGCCCGAAAAUCCCUUCCAGCAAAUAAAGCGGCGUGAAGGACGGCACGUGGAAAACUUUAAGACCAAUAACUAAAAGAAAGAAAACUAGCAGCGAAGUUCAUACGAGCGCAUUUUGUCAGAUUACGAGGAUUAUCUGCGAAUGCGGAUACGUUUAGCUUCCAGGACCUUGGUUGUCAGGUGACGGGAAGUUCGGCGGCAGCAACAGGAGCCUCGAAACUCUGGAUUUCGCACUCAGGUACACUGUGGUAACCUGCUAUGGGGGACAUGAAGACACCCGAUUUUGAUGAUUUAUUGGCGGCUUUUGACAUUCCUGACAUUGAUGCCAAAGAGGCCAUACAGUCAAAUCCUGAUGAACCGGAUCCUGGACAUGCAAAUAAACAAGGGACUAGCCAUGGGGUGGUUCUUCCUCAUGCAUCUGGUCAUGAAGAACAUUCUAACAUACUACCUUUAGAUCCACCUGUGGUAAGCGUGAUUGUAAAGAAUAGGGUGCGGCAAGAAAGUUUUAGUGAGCAGGACUCUGAUACCGACAGAACUGAACGAGAGAGUAGCAUCAGCCGACUGGCAGCAGUUGCAUCUCCAGUAACUUCAGACCCAUCCAAUCCUGCUGUUGGUUUAGUGGAUUCAGCCACCAGCUUAAUGCAGAAUGGGUAUGGAACUUCCUCGUCAACUGUAGCUGAAUCCUUAAAAUCCCCAGAUCUAUGCCUUCCACAACGAGAUAUGCAGACAUCAUCAAAUGGAGAACUGUGGUCUCCACACUCGCCUAAAACAUCUCCAGAAAUUUCUUCAGACUCUGGUGGCAGUAAAUCACUGAAUAUAUUUUCUAGGCUCAGACCCCUUGUAACAAGUCCAAGCCUUUCAGAGUCUAGAGCAACCCUGCGAGAGCGCAAGUCCUUGCAGAAACGACAGCACAGUCAAGAGGAGAGUAAAAAAGAUGUGGUUCCUGACAUAACUGAGGUUUCUUGUGCUGUGUCAGAGCCUGCAUGUGAUAGAAGCCCUUUCUUUACUUCGUCUUCUCCCAAAAGUGCUUCUUUGUCACUUACACAAUUAAAUUUAGAAGCACCAAAUGUAAGCAGUGGUGCAUAUAGUCCUCCAAGUCCUGUAUCACCAGCUUCUGCUUUCCCAGCACCUUCCCUUUUCAGCACAAGUCAGAAGAUUCCUCAAGGCCAGGGUUCCAUGACUUCUCCAGGGUUGGACUCUGAAGAUUCAGAUCCUGAUAUUGGAAGCCCCCUAAUUAUCCAAGAAAGUCCAGAGUCUCCUUCAGCCAAUGUGCAAAAGUCCAAUAACCUUAGUCCACUUCCUUUAGGACAGAUGACUCCUGAAACUCAGGAAUGUGAGGAACCACAUUUUCCUGAAUCAACUGCACUUCCUUCAUCCUGGUCCCCUUCACAGGCUAAGCCAGUAGGUGAGAACCUCAACAGCCUGAAGAAAAGUCCAGAUCAUAUUGUGGAAGAGAGAGAUUCUCCACAAAGCCCUGAACCUGAAGCUCCCUCAGCACCUAAAAGUUACAAACCUGAGACUGCUAAUGUUAGUUCCAGUAAUCCACCACUCAUUUUUCCUCCCUGCAACAGCCCCAGAUCAAUCAAAGAGGAAGCAACAAUGCCCAAAAUAUCCUCUGUUGAGUCCCCCAAACUUAAGGAUAGUCCAGAAAGCCCAAUAGAAGAAGAAGGAGAUGGUCAGAGAGGGAAUAUCAGCAGAGGAGGAAGCUGCAGAAACAGCAACAGUGGAGGAGGCAGUGGCAGCAGCAAUGCUGGUUCCCCAUUAUCCAUCUCUUCUCGACCGUUAAAAGUUCGGAUUAAAACCAUUAAGACAUCCACUGGAGGGAUUACAAGAACCAUAACCCAUGUGGCCUCUGCUCAGUCAACACUGGCCACUGACGGCCAAAAGGAAAUGUCUGAGCCAGACCCAAUAAAAACAGAGAGAACAGAAGUGCCAGUAUAUGAGGAUGUGUUGAGCAAAUCUGCAGAAUCUUCUAAGAAAAAAGUUGAACAGGCUUCCAAAAUUGUCAGUCUUCAACUUGGAAAUGGUACUCGCAUCAAGGGCACUAUUCUUCCAGUAUCCACCAUUGAAGAUGCCAGCACAGCAAUGUUGAUGGCUGCCAGCAAGGUUCAGAAUAACAUGGCAACUAUAGGAAUGUCAGCUGAAAAAAGCAAGCGGGUGGUAUCUCCUGUAGCUAAGACCUCCACUUCCCAUACAGUAGCCAAAGUGACUACAACUGCAGUUGCAGUAACACGUCCUGCCUUAAGCUUGGCUACUCAGAAAGUAGUUAAUGGUGGAACCACCAUCCUUCAGGCUUCAAAGCCUGCAUCAAUAGUGAACAGCAGUGGGGCAGUCAUUUCUCGCAGCCAAUCUAGUUUGGUGGAAGCUUUCAACAAGAUUUUAAAUAGUAAAAAUCUUUUGCCAAGCUAUAGGCCAGACCUUAGUCCACCUGCAGAAUGGAGCCUAGGACUUCCCCCAACGGGUUACCGUUGCCUAGAGUGUGGUGAUUCAUUUGCUCUGGAGAAAAGUCUGGCACGACAUUAUGACCGACGCAGCAUGAGGAUAGAAGUAACUUGCAAUCAUUGUGCGAAGCGGCUUGUUUUCUUCAACAAAUGUAGCUUGCUUUUACAUGCUCGUGAACAUAAGGAUCGAGGAUUGGUUAUGCAGUGUUCCCACCUAGUGAUGAAGCCUGUGUCUCUGGAGCAGAUGAUUGGACAACAGGAUGUGAUUCCUGUGGGCUCCCUUACAACUACCCCUGUUGGCCUGUCAGUGGGAGUGCUUGGGACUGCUACUGCUACCGGUGGUGGGCUGUCUGCUGGAACUCAUGAAGGUGGGACAAAGACCCUAAUUUCAACUUCAGUGAAGAAAAAUGUAGAUGUUCAGCAUCCUGCACUUCCACUUAUCUUAAAGAAAGGAGAAUUUCUACAAUACCAUAAUUUGAAGUGCCCUGAAUGUAUGAAGCAGUUCAGAAGUAAACUAGAGCUGAUUUCUCACUUUCAAGAAGUGAAGCCAGAGUCAGGCAUGAGCUGUGCACAGUGCUCCCCGGCUUUGAUCCUCCCGAAUCCAUGUAGUGCUGCUGCCCAUACACGAAUGCACAAGCAUCAGUCUCCUCACGUUUGCCCAGAGUGUGGUGGAAUUUCCAGAGCGACUAGCUUCCAGACCCAUCUCAAGGAUGCCUGCUUACACUUUUCAAGACGCGUUGGUUAUAAAUGUUCCAGCUGUCACGUUAUAUUUGGUGGCCUCAACUCCAUUAAAUCACACAUUCAGACUGCACAUUGUGAAGUGUUUUAUAAGUGUCCCACAUGUCCCAUGGCUUUCAAGUCUGCAUCUGGUGCUCUGACACACAUUAAUACACAGCAUCCUGGUCUCGGCAGCCCACAACCAAAGAUGAUAUAUAAAUGUGUGAUGUGUGACACUGUAUUCACUCACAAACCCUUGCUGCACACCCAUUUUGAUACACAUCUUGCAAAACAGAAGGUCCCUGUAUUCAAAUGUCCAGAUUGUACAAAGCUUUAUGCACAGAAGACAUCACUAAUGGAACAUGUAAAGAGCACUCAUCGUAGUCCUGUUAACAAAGUGGACCCCCCAACUCCUUCCCAAACAUCUGCUUCUGUGCCACAAACCACGGGGUCUAAGGAAAGUAGAUCUGACAUGAAUGAUGAUUUGCGGGACUCCAGUUCUUUUGGUGAAGAAGAUGAGGAUGAUGAGGAAGAUGUCUCCAGUUCCCCUGAAACCCGUCGUUAUAAGAUGUCCAAACGUCACAGCAAUACGAACAGAAGUAAAAAUAGCUCCGGUGGCCGAGCUGCUAUGUCAGAAUGGACAUGUCGUAAAUGUCAUGCCUGGUUUCCAGAGAGAGAUGAAUAUAUUUCUCACAUGAAGAAGGAACAUGGCCAGUCUGUGAAGAAGUUCCCCUGCCGGCUCUGUGAGAGGUCUUUCUGCUCAGCCCCCAGCUUACGGCGCCAUGUCCGGGUGAAUCAUGAAGGCAUUAAGAGGGUCUUCCCCUGCCAAUAUUGUACAGAAGGCAAACGAACUUUCAGUAGCCGUCUCAUACUAGAAAAGCACAUUCGUGUUCGGCAUGGAAUUAAAGUGUGGGAUCAAACUCAGGGAGAAGAGGCAAGCAACAGCCGAGUUUCCAGUGAUAAUGAGGGAAUAGUCCGAAAACGUAAAGGACCCCAGAUAGCAGACAGCUCUUCUGAUACUGAAGGUCCUGGAGGCAGAAGGACGCCAAUCAAGACUAGAAGGCGGGAGAAGACGCUUUUGCCACCGUGUGAAACGGGUUCAUUCCAGUGCCAGAAAUGUGGCUACACCACAGAGAGCCAGGAUGACUUCCAAGAGCACAUCCCCCAGCACCGCACAGAUGAGACUUCACACCAGUGUCUGCAGUGUGGCCUGUGUUUUGCCUCGCAGUCUUCACUCAACCGGCACCGCUUCAUCACCCACCGUGUUAAGGAGUUGGGGGGGACUGAUGCAGAUAAGCUCCAUGGUUCAGAGGCUGACUCGCCAGAAACUGAGCAAGGGGAGAGCCAGCAAGGGACCCUGUCAUGUCAGGUCUGUGGAAAACACUUUGAGAAACCUGCUGAUCUCAAUACACACUUUCGGACUCAUGGCAUGGCCUUCAUUAAAACCAGAAAAACUGGAGGCAGUGAGAAAUAAAGUGGUGAAUGGUCCUGAAACCCCCCCGCCCACCACCACCUUUUUAAUACUGUUUCAUACUUGGGUAACACUUCCAGUGGUUAAUGCACAAGGCGGUUAUUCUGUAAUUUCACUUGUAGUUAUGCAGUAGUUGUUAAUUACAGUCUAAUUGGAGUGUAGUGCCGCUCUUUGUUUGAAAAAUGUGAAUACAAUUAUUAAUGGUGAGCGUAGUCCCUUUCUGGAGGGUUGGUGUGGGCACACAAUCAUGACAUGUUUUUGUACAUUUUUGUUAAAUUUCUUUCUCAGUUUGUAGAUUUCGGGAACAUUUGGUUUAACGGAGAUCUAGUUCAGUGUUUUCUGACUUGCAAUAAGCACCACAAGCAAGUAAAAUGUAGUUUUUGACACUAGCCUUUGGACAGCCUCACACAUCCAGUAGUGCAGCUAGUCCAAAACUUGAGUUGUGCACUAAUUGACCAUUAUUUUUCAAUACAGUAUAAUGUAUAUAUUAACAGAUAAA